AUGCUCAGCAGGACGCUGCGCUCCGAUCCGUCCGAGGCGGAAACAGCCAGCCAUCGCCUGAUGCUUCGGGCCGGGCUCAUACAGCAGGUGGCCGCGGGAGUGUAUUCGUAUCUCCCGCUGGCGUGGCGGUCGCUCAAGAAGAUCGAGAACAUCAUUCGCGAGGAGAUGGACGCCGCCGGCGGGCAGGAACUCAUGCUGCCUGCGCUGCAACCGAUGGACCUGUGGGAGCAGACGGGGCGGCGUGCCGCGUUCGGGGACAACCUGUUCUCGCUGCAGGACCGGAGCGGACGGGCAAUGGUGAUGGCGCCGACCCACGAGGAGGUGAUCACCAACGUGGUAAAGAGCAACGUGCAGAGCUACCGCGACCUGCCGCAGUUGCUGUACCAGAUCCAGACCAAGUUCCGCGACGAACCGCGCCCCCGCGCCGGGCUGGUCCGGGUGCGCGAGUUCGACAUGAAGGACGCCUACAGCUUCAAUGCCGACGACGCCAGCCUGGACGACACCUACCAGGACAUGGCGCAGGCCUACCGGAACAUCUUCCGGCGCUGCGGGCUGCCGGUGCUGAUGGCCCAGGCCGACAGCGGGGCCAUCGGCGGCAAGGACUCGCACGAGUUCCUGCUGCCGACGGAUACGGGCGAGGACACGGUCAUCACCUGCUCCGGCUGCGACUACGUAGCCAACGCGGAAAAGGCCGAGUCGGUCUACCCUCCCGUCGAGCGGGAGGCGGAAGCGCCGUUGCGGGAGGUGGCCACCCCCGGCAUCAAGACCAUCGCCGGGCUGGCCGAGUUCGUGGGCGUGCCGGAGUCGAAGACGCUCAAGGCCGUGUUCUACAUGGCCGACGGGGAGCCGGUGUUCGUGACCAUUCGCGGCGACCUGGAGGUCAACGAGGUCAAGCUGAAGAACGCGCUGCACUGCGCCGACCUGCGCUUCGCCGAGGACGAGGAAGUGGACCUGCUUACCGACAUCGCGCUGGCCCAGCCGGGGCUGCUGUGCGCGCAGUGCGGCGGAAUACUGGAGGCGACCCGCGGCGUGGAGGUGGGCCACAUAUUCAAGCUGGGUACGUUUUUCAGCGAAACGCUGGGGGCCAACUACCUGGACGCCGAAGGGCGGAACCUGCCGAUAACCAUGGGGUGCUACGGCAUCGGCGUGGGGCGGCUGCUGGCGGCGGCCAUCGAGCAGAACCACGACGACCAGGGCAUCGUGUUCCCGCAUCCCAUCGCGCCCUACCAGGCCCACCUGGUGGGGCUGAACCUCUCGAACGAGGAGGUCGCGGCGGCGGGUCAGAACCUGUAUGACGAGCUGAACGCGGCGGGCAUCGAGACGCUGUACGACGACCGGCCCGACGCGGCAGCGGGGGUCAAGUUCAACGACGCGGACCUGAUGGGCCUGCCGGUGCGGCUGGUGAUCAGCCCACGCAACCUGAACAACGGAGUGGUCGAGGUGCGGGGCCGCGAGGAAUCGGACGCGGUUACGGUGCCGCUGGCCGAGGUGGCGGCGGCGGUGCGGUCGCGGCUGGCAGUGGAGUGA